AUUUAUAAAGAGUUGGCAGCCCCGUUUUGACAUUCACACAAAACUGGCGGCGUCUGUCCAAUGAGAGUUCAAACCCAAAACAUUUCUUAACAGCAAAAAUGAUUAAAAAUAAACCCAGGAGUUCGUUGCGCAAGGCGCCGAAUGACGACGAUGAUCAUACAACAACAGCGAUUCGAAUCAAAAAGCGCAUCAGUUUCAGUGGAAAGAAGUCAGUGAGAGAGUUCGUGGACACUGAGGAACAAAAUAACUGGGACUACUCCUGCGAAGUAUCAGAUCCCCAAACUGGGGAGGAUAACUCAUCGGCCCACCAAGCCCCCCACCAUAGUGCCCACAAGGAAAAUAUCCCUAUCCAAGUGCCCACUAGCAACACCAGUGUCCACAUUGAUAGCACACUGAAUCUGCAGACCAGCAUUGAUGUCACCUUGUUGCCCUGCGAACUAACUCACCGGAAUCCCCGCAAAGCGUUCACUCCCAUCGUCCAGGACUCUCUCCAUGCCGACAGCCUGCUCCUUUCCAGCGAUGAGCGCAGCAAGAUGCACAACCAUUUGUACAAUAGCCGCUUCAUGGACAAAACCAUGGACUUGAUGUCGGGAUCUUUGGUAAGCAGGUCUACCAAACACUUGGCCAACAAAGUAUCUGUGCAUACGCCCGCACGCAAGAGCAUUGGGAACUCCUUCAUGGAUAUCACACCGCUGGGAAUGGCUACCACUACAGCUUCUGUUCCUGCGACGCAUCAGAGUGUCAUGGAAUUGGAAAAUGACGAGGAAAACCAACACAAUAUCCAAGAAGACAAGGAGAACCUCAUUCCCGCCCAGAAAUCCAUUUACAUGGAGAUGGAGGAGGAGGAGAAAGUCACUAAGAGCCAUACACAAAACAAUGCAGUGGAUAUAUUCUUCGACUGUACUCUAAAUGUUUCCGAGGACAGGGACAAGAUGCCGGAGAACAACACAUUUUCAAGCAACAACAGCACCUUUGGAUGCAAGGAUGAAUCCGUGCUCAUACCACUGGACAUGAUCGCUGGCAACAACAUCAGCAAGAAGAUCAACUUCCGCCAACUAAACGAAGAACUGGAAGCUGGAAAAAUUCAAAUAUUUCCCAACGGACCGAAAACCCCAAACACGGACCGGAAAAAACCGCGAGCUUGGAAAGGUUUCGAGCCGUAUCAAGUGGAGGAAGCAGGUCCUGUUAGGGAUAUGCGAAACAUUAAGCCGCGAGGAACUUUGAAUUUCAGUGAAAAUAUGAUGAUGUCGCCGGAAGCAGCCACUCCUGUUCCAAAAGCAAAAGACAUGCUGAAGGUUCCGGAUGACAAACAGAAGUAUCGUUUCUCUCAGGCGGACGAACUUAUGCUGGACAACACAAACUUCCUGGCCCACGCAAGACUAGGCGAUGAGACGCAGUCCAGAAAUACUUCCAAGAAUUCAACGCGAAGGGAGGCCACAUUCGACAACUCUGUAUUGGAUUUUCCCAGGCUGGACGAGCCAGAGCAGCCGAAAGCGCAUCCCACGAGUCGUCAAACCCUGCUUCUUAACGAGAGCAUCGACCAGGAAGCUAUGAAAACUCUGCAUGUUAGGAAAGAGAUUGACGAGGAAGUUGUGGUCCAAAAAGCCACAGUUACGGAGGAUCAGUCCCACCACAAGACCACCGUGUGGCAGUGCACCAAAACCCGACGGAGAGAGACUCUAUUGAUGGACGAUUGUAUGGAGGUGGACAUCGUCAGUCCCCUCAAGGAACUUCAGUUGAAAACCAGCGAACCAAAGACCAGACAAACACUUUCCGUCGCAGAACCCGUCGAGGAAGAUGUAAGACAAUUAGGAGGACUUCCAGCUCCGCAGAAUAAAUCUAAGCCAAGACAAACUAUUUUGGCAACAGAGCCCAUGGAAGAAGAUGUGAGCCUCGAAACAAAGAACUCUAAAAACAAAGGAAUGUCAAGAGUUUUCGAAGAGCCUCUCGUAGAGGAGGAGAAGUUCUCGUACAUGACCCGCUCCAAGUCUCGAAGAACACAAAUUAUGUCCGACUCCAUAGAAGAGGAAAGGGAAGCUGCGAAAGAGGAACCUCGAAAAAUGCCGACGUUGCCAGGAGCUAAGAGGAGACACACCUUACUUCAAGAUGAGCCCAUGGAGGAGGAAGUUAUCCCAGAAACGAAUGCUCCUAUAAUUUCCAACUCAAAACAAAGACAUACCUUGCUUUUGGCGGAACCCAUAGAUGAGGAAGUGGGAAAAGAUUGCAAUAAUCUACCAGCUCUUCAAACCAAAACUAAAUCAAGGCAGACUCUUCUUUUGAGAGAGCCUAUAGAGGUGAUAGAAGCUCCUCCUCUUGAGCCUUCGUCCAGGCCUCGACAGACUCUCAUCAUGUCUGAGGAAAUUGAGGAGGAGGACACGCCACCUUCGGAUGGAUUUGUCUCCAAAUCCGUGAACUCGCUUUCAAAAAAAUGCAAAAAUAGGCAGACCCUUCUCUUGUCGGAACCCGUUGAAGAGGAAAUCUUAAGUUAUCCCAGUGAUCCUCCAGUUUCAUAUUCAAAAACCAAAUCUAGACAAACUCUGCUAUUGGCGGAGCCUAUGGAAGAGGAGUCGGAGAACCAAAACCAUAUCAUUCCAGAGUCAACUAUUCCCACAAAGCAACAAAAAAACAGGCAGACCCUUCUCCUACAAGAACCCAUCGAGGAGGAAAAGAACAAGCAACCGAAAAAGGCUCCUCCAGUAUCUCAUUCCAAGUUGAAACCUAGGCAGACUCUGCUUCUAGAAGAAUCCAUGGAAGAGGACAUGGCUCCUCAUCCCCAAAGCCAUGAAGAAAUAAAGAACCAGCCUGCUACUUCUCACAUUUUACAACAAAAGCUAAACAGAAACAGGCAGACCCUUCUCCUGGGGGAGCCCAUAAAGGAGGAGGAAACUAAUCCAAAUAGUUGUCCACCAGUUCCGUCUCAUCCGAAAAUGAAAUCGAGGCAAACUAUGCUUCUGCAGGAAUCCAUGGAAGAAGAGAGGGGUUCUCAUCCCCGCUUCGAGGAGUCCAUGAAGGAUGAAAUGAGGGACAAACCAGUUGUCCAAACCCCGAAAACCAGAUCACGGCUGACGCUGCAAUUGGAAGUAUCCAUGGAAGAGGAAACUAAUGAGAUGGCACUUAGAGAAGCAAAGGUCCUUGGGAAAACAGAUCCUAAAACUAAAGCAAGGCAGACUCUGCUUCUUGAGGAAUCAGUGGAGGAGGAUAACCAGAACAAUCGCCAAACAUCUAUGGAGCAGGAAGAAAUCCCUAAACAGGAUCAACCAAUUUCUCAAAUCCCAAAAACAAGGUCUAGACAGACUCUAUGCUUGGAGGAAGCCAUAGAAGAGGAAUCUAAUAAAACAGUUCGUGGCGAAGAGAAGGUCUUUUCCAAAAAGAAACCAAGACAGACUAUGCUCUUAGAAGAGACUAUCGACCUGGAAUCUGAGGAGCAACGGGCAGAAAAAAAAAAGGAUAGUUUCCAAGCCAUAGCAGAUGAUAUGCCAAGCAAGGAAGCUGCCCAGCCUCAUCAAAAAAUCAGACAUGCUCUUUUCAAGGCCAAAGAGGAACACAGUCAGCACCAGAAAUCCUUUUCCAGAAGUAUGGUGCCUCCAUCAGAUGGUCAUCACGUGGAUAUGGAAAUGUCUGGAUUGGAGUCCAUUAGUUGGGAGCGAAAACAAACAAAUUUGAAUCCUGCUCCUGCUUAUAGAUCCUCCAAGCCACGCCAAACUAUAGUUGCCCCUCAACCCAUAGAUCUCGAGGAGUUAGAGAAGCCUUUGGAGAAUCCCAAAACGGAGAUCAGCAGAUCGUCCAAGGCCAGGCACACGCUUCUCAUGGCAGAAGCCAUAGAAGAGGACGAAGCAGACCAGCCACAGGAGCCACAAACUGCGCAACCCCCUCCUUCGUACAGGACCUCGAAGUCCAGAAAGACUAUAAUCGCAGAAGAGCCCAUCGAAGACGAUUUGGAAGAUCACAGGCCUUCGGAACCCAUCGAUGUGGAUGCAAUUUUGGACCAAGAUCAAGAGGAAAGAGGAACCAUGGAGCAGAGUGUGGAGUUCCAAAGCCCACAGAGGACCAUAAGGGACACAAAGUCGUUCGCCUUCACCCCAAGGCUAUCGCUGACCGACUUCGAGCAGGAGGAGCAGAACUGCAAGACACCGAGUCGGCAUCGAAAGCAUCGUCCCAUCGGGGACAUGGUUUUGGAGGCAAAUGCCUCACGGCUCAGCACGCCACUCUAUCAAGGGAAUCUGAAGCGGCUGCCCAAUCACCUGACGCCCAAUCUGCCAGAGUCCAAAAAGCGAAACACUCAUCUCUUCUCGGAUAGCAACAUGGAGUUGGACGACGUAGACGUCCCAGAAGUUGAGGUGGCCGAGCCGAACAAGUCACGCAUUCCCAUCCGCAGAACUUUCCAGAUGGAUGAAUCCGUGCAACUGGUAAGGGACUAUCAGCCUGGAAGGAGCCAUCUAAAUGUUCCACAAGCAUCCGAAUCCCCGCCGGAGGAGAAGCCGAUAACUGUUUCCGAUGUGAGCAAGUACUUCCAGGAGCAGGCGGCUGAGCAGCGGAAGUCCAGUAACCGGGACAGUGGGAGUUCCACCGACCGCACUUUCAAAAGCUACGCGGCCACCAACAACAAGCUGAUUCGUCUCUGGGGGGACAACACCAUAUUCGGGACACCGCAGGCUGUGGAGACCAUCGAUCUGGAUGCGGACGAGCCCGAUGACCAGAUAGACAACGAAAAGAUCAGUUUGGUAUCCACUAUGGAAGAGGAUACGGAUACAGCAGAGAAGGAGGAGCCGCCGGAACCAGAAACCUGCGAGGAGCCACAGCUGGCGGCGGUUGUGGCCGGCAGCAGUGGCUCCUGUCGGAGGUGUCGCAACUGUAGGCGGUCCAUGAACGAAACCGAGCUGCGCUCCAUUUCAUUUGCGCUGCCGUAUCAUGAUCCGUGGGACUUCUCCAAAGAAUUGCAGACCCUGAAGCGGCUGAGGAGUAAACCCACUCUCGCGGAGGUCCACAAAAACUGGCACCACCGGGAGAAGGAGCGGCAGAUGCACGCCCUGGAGGCAAGAGUCAAUGAGUCGGUGGAGGAGGCGGAGUCGUGGAAUGUGCCAGGUCUCAUGGUGAAAUUGAAGAGGACACUGACAACUCCCACGAUGAUAAUUGAAGAGAAGAGUGUUGCCGAGUCCAGGGAAACCUUCUUCCAGCGGUUGAAUCGGCUGCUGACCAGCCAGCAGCCCAACUGGAUCUUCGACUACCAGCUGAAGUGCUCGCGGCAACUCAUUUUCUACCACCGACUGUUGCCCACAUUUCGGAUUGUGGUGAGCUACGAAGUCCUGGAUGUCGAGGAGACUGCGAUUCGCGUCUGCUCCGUUUCACUGGACAACGAUGUGGCCAUUCCGAAGCAGAGGUGGUCGGUGUUCUACCACUACCAGGACUUCCAGCUGAGCCUCAACCUGCCCGUUAACCUGAGCAGUGCCAUGGAGGGCAGCAGCGAGGAGGCCUUCCUGAAAUUCCUCAAACGCAUCGACCAAAGCUGUGAAAAGGUCAAGAGGACUCUGAACAGACUGCUUUCCCUGCUUACAGCGACGGGAGCGAGACUUUUGAGACACGCGAAUCGAAACGUUGUUAGGAAGAUCGUGUGGAAGGAUGUCGUGGAAGGACAGAUAACUCGCUACGAGAAAACCAACUUCCUCAUAGAGAUAUCCAAUGUGGACGAGUUAUCCUUCAGGGACAUCAUUGAGCCGUCUUUUUAUCAAUUUGAUGAUAAAAUCCAACACCUGCCGAAGGGAAUUGCGUUUCUGGAGGCAUUUCUGCCCAAUCCUGACCAAUUUAUAGUUAGUUCGUAAGUCCUUUACAUCUUUUUGAUGUCGAGAAACCAUUGUACAAAAUAUUUAACCAUUUUACUCAAAAAAAAAAUUAAAAUACAUAAAUCUUAAAUUUAAAAUUAAUAAAUUUUUAUAAAAAGAAAA